CUUAUUAAAAAGCCGCUGUGACCGCACAGCGCAUGCGCAGGCAGACAGAGAAGAUGGCGGCAGCAGCAGAGAUGGGCCCGAUGUUCCGACAGAACUUUUCCACGAACCACGACCUGGUACCGGACUGGACCAGCCGGGAAGUCAGCACCGGGACCACCAUCAUGGCGGUGGAGUAUGAUGGAGGAGUUGUGAUCGGAGCCGACUCUCGGACCACCACUGGAGCGUACAUCGCCAACAGAGUAACGGACAAACUGACUCCGAUCCACGACCGGAUCUUCUGCUGCAGGUCUGGCUCGGCUGCUGACACUCAGGCCAUUGCUGACGUGGUGACCUACCAGCUCGGCUUCCACAGCAUCGAGCUCGAUGAGCCUCCAUUGGUGGAGACAGCAGCCAAUCUGUUCAAAGCGAGCUGUUACCGCUACAGAGAAGAGCUGAGUGCAGGAAUACUGGUGGCAGGCUGGGACCGCAGGAAGGGGGGACAGGUGUACUGUGUUCCCAUUGGAGGGAUGAUGGUGAGACAGCCUGUCUCUGUCGGUGGUUCUGGCAGCAGUUAUAUUUACGGCUUCAUGGACUCGAACUACAAACCAGGACUGACCCGAGAACAGUGUGUGGAGCUGACUGCUGCAGCUCUGGCUCUGGCGAUGGAGAGAGACGGGUCUAGUGGCGGUGUGAUUCGUCUGGCGAGUAUCUCAGAGGACGGCGUGGAGAGACGAGUCAUCAUGGGAGGCUCUCUGCCCAAGUUCUCCACACACUAACACACACACACACACACACUAACACA